AAGGACCAUCGAUGACCCAAAAAGGUUACGCAGAACAAAAUCAUUUGAAAUUACCAAGUAUUGUUGUCUUGUUCCUUAUUUUGGAUUGGGUAGUGCCCAUGUUGCAGCCAUGCUUGGAGUCAAAACAAGCACCUUUAGGAAUGCUUGUAGAAAUGUAGGAAUUCCUGAGUGGCCAUGGAUACCAAGUAGUACAACUAAUAGAGCUUCUUCUGAUCCUGAAUCUCCAAUUACACCAACGACAUCUGAAACUAGUUAUUUUCCAACUUCGAUUGCUACAGAGAGCAUGCCCUACAUCUGGAACAUGGGAAUCAAUAACUGGUCACCUGUACAAACUAUGAUUACUCAAGCACCUUUCUCGGAAUAUCUAACCAACCAAAUAGAUUGUGAUACUAGUCCUUUUGGAACUCUAAUUGCUACACAAUAUGGUUCUAUUGGAUUUCCAGCAGAAACCGAGUACAUGGCAUCUGAUCCUGGUUCUUUCGGGGCUCCAAUUUAUAUAGAUCACAUGCCUGACCUUUCUUAUUUGAUCCCCGACUGGUAUGUCAUUCAAAACUCACAUUUGUUUGAUUUUGGGAUGUUGAACUCAUUUACAAUGUAUACAUAAUAUCUUCUUCAAUUCCAUUGUAGGAAUGUCGGAAGUUGUGAGUCGCCGUAUAUAUACACAAAAUACGACUUCCACUGAAGCAUCUCUCUCUGAGUACAUAGCAUCUGAUACUAGUUCUUUUGGAGAUCAAAUUGCUAUGGAGGACGUUGGAAUUUUUGAUUUGUCAACCAUGACUACCGAAGCAUCUUCUCCAGAAACUCAAAUCAAUCAAAUAGCA